AUGGAUUCCAUAUUUUCAAAGCCCCAAAGCCUUAAUAUAUCCGUUGGUGAUGUGUCUCCAUCAACUGCAUCUACGUCUAGUCGCCAUGGGGACACCGACACACAGUUAUCAAGUGAUGACGGCUGGGGCAGUCCAUGCUCAGCAAACACGGUACCCUUGACCACCUAUCUAUUUACGAGGCUUCGUCAAAUGGGAAUUCGCGCUGUCCAUGGAGUACCUGGCGACUUCAGUCUUACAUCUUUGGACUAUAUCCGGACCGCGGGACUACAAUGGGCAGGCAACUCAGCCGAGCUACACGCGGGCUACGCCGCAGAUGGGUAUGCACGGAUCAAGGGAAUAGGUGCUCUCAUGACAGUGUUUGGCGUGGGAGAAUUAUCGGCCAUCAAUGCUGUUGCUGGAUCUUACGCCGAAAAGGUCCCCGUUGUUCACAUUGUUGGAACAACCCCCACAAAAGCGCAGGACAACCACCUCAUCAUGCAUCAUUCUCUAGGAGAUGGAAAUCAUCGUGUCUAUGCAGAGAUCUACAAAAACUUCACUUGCGCCCAAGUCAAUCUCCGGGACGCAAAAACGAGCCCAAUGCUCAUUGACAUGGCAUUGCGGAGAUGCGUUGAGGAGAGUCGCCCGGUUUACAUUGAGCUUCCAUUCGAUAAGGUCGACGAGCCUGUAUCCGCAUCGGAGUUGAGUCAGCCUUUGAUGAGAAACACCAAGCCUAUGAAUGAUCCUAAGCUGGAAAAUCUUCUUGUAAAUGACAUUUUGCGAAGAAUCUAUGAAUCUCGACAGCCCGUUAUUAUCGUGGAUGGCUUUGCGGGGAGAUAUGGCAUCGUAGAAGUGGUCAAUCAAUUUCUAGAAGCCACCGGUAUCUUUGCUGUAUCUCCGCCUUUUGGACAGGGAAUCAUCAAAGAGAGUUAUGCUCACUAUUGUGGUGUUUUUACUGGCCCCGCAGGCUCCAAGGAACUCAUGGAUUGGUUCGAAAAGUGUGAUCUCGUCAUACACGUUGCUCCUUUGAAGUCCGACUCGAACACAUGUUCCUACAAAUCUUUGACGCCAACAGAAAUAACCAUUGAGUUGGACGAAAAAGCUAUAUCGGUGUUUGGGGCGAAGUAUUUUGACCUCAAUUUGAAGUCUGUUCUUGAAUCACUUCUCCGCUCAGUGGUACCAUCUCGUCUACCGCCCAAAGGAUGCCUUGGGUGCCUACAGCAUCUGGUAAAAAGGCCCUCACGAUUGUCAGUUUCUGACUGUGAAUCGAUUGAUCAAGCUCGUUUUUGGCCUUUUAUGUCGGAUUUUCUCCGACCGAGCGAUAUCUUGAUCGCCGACAUUGGCACAUCAUGGAGUGGUACAGGGUCAAUGACUCUUCCAUCUGAUAUUACUGUUAUCAAAUCAGGAAUAUGGUUUUCUAUCGGCUAUGCACUGGGCGCUUGCGUUGGCGCUGCGCAUGCACAAAAGGAGUUGAUACAGGAAGGCAAGCAAGACCAAGGUCGUGUCAUUCUGUUUGAAGGUGAUGGUAGUCUCCAAGUCACCGCUCAAGCAAUCAGCGAUAUUAUCAAAAACAAAUUGGAUGUUACAAUCUUUGUCAUCAACAACGCGGGGUAUACCAUUGAACGACUUAUUCAUGGGAAACACGCGGAAUAUAAUGAUGUUCAGUCAUGGAAUUACACCCAAGCUGCCAAGUUUUUCGGAGCUCCAGAGAACGACCCUGACUAUCCUGUUUUCUCAAAGCAGGUAUUCAACUGGGGAGAGCUCAGUGAAACUUUGACAGCACCACAACUUGUCGCUGGGAGAGGGUUCGCUCUAGUUGAAGUGAUGAUGGACGCACAGGAUGCUCCAAAAGUUUUAUCCACUUUCUUGAAUAUCGUCAAAGGUAUCCCACCGUCAAAAGAAGCUUAG